CGGCGCGGGUGUGCGGGAUUUGUCACUGAACUUUGAGGUCGUGGUAGAGGACGACGAGAAGCUUUUGCCACAGGAGGCUGCGGCGGUUGAGUUAGUGCCGGGCGGGAAACACGUACCAGUGACCAACCAGAAUGUGUUUCGGUACAUUCAGCUGGUCGCCAACCACAAACUGAACGUGGAGAUAAAUACCCAAGCCCAAGCAUUUUUGCGAGGCUUUCGGGAUCUCAUUCCCAUGCCCUGGCUCCGCAUGUUUGGCGCGGAAGAGCUGCAAAUCCUCUUGACGGGCGAAAAGCGGGCGAUCGACAUAGAGAACCUGCGCGCACACACCCGUUACUCGGGGGGCUACCACCCUUCACAGCCCAUCAUCCACUGGUUUUGGGAAGCGCUUCGGUCCUAUACGCCGG